CGUCGAGCCCAGUAGUACCUGGAAACAACUUCACUGCUAGUGCCAGUAGAAAAUGAAAUCACUACUUUACAGCAAAAAAAAUUCAAUUAAUUGCCGUCUAUGCAAAACUGCAAUAUUACCAGUCACGUGAAAGAGUUUCAGUACAUUGCACAAAAUCAGUGUGGCACAUUUUCUGCACGGCGUUCCAAUACAGGUCUGAGAAAAGCCUGCGUACUAGCAAGAAUUGUGCUCUCAAAUAACCAAGUUUGUGGACUAAACAAAACUGAAGGAUUGUCUUCCAUACACAAUGUCCAUUGUAUCUCCUGACUUCCAAAAAAUGUCGUCGAGGCCCAAAUUUCCCGAGAAGACUAAUAAUCAAAGCCCAAAGUUAAGCCAUCAUCAUGAAGCUGUCCAAAGUUCAAAUUCACUGCACUCUGUUUCUUUGAUCUCAACAACUGGAAAAAUUGAUGAAUUAGCUGGAAGUCGCCACAAAGUUUUGAACCAGUAUCUAGAGGACACAAAACUUUUGCAAGUUUUAAAUUCUUGGGUAUUGCUAAUUAGUGGACUGGAAGAAUUGCCAUAUAAUCCUUACCCCACCCUUGCAUGGUAUGCAAGGCGACAUGCAGAAAGGUUUCAUAUGUUCAAAGAAGAUGAAGACUCAGUUUUGGAUAAAAUUCUUAGUGGUGCAGUGCAUAAAACUGGAGCUCAUGUGUCAAGAACACAGGAUAGUCCUCCAUGGUGGGGUCUUCAUUUUAUACUUAAAGCUGUCAGUCCAAAAGCUUUGGAGAAAUUUCUUUUGGUGAUAGCAAAAUGCUCUUUUUCUUAUCCAGAAUUUAAUGAAAAUCAAGUAAGAGUGAAAAGUCAUUUCUUUCUUAAUAUUGAUUCAUCUCUAUGCCAGAAGGAAUAUUUUCAAUGCAUGAUUCCCGUGUGUUUAGUUUCCAAUUCUGACUGUCUUAGAUACUGCAUGAACUAUAAUGUCUCUAACACUGACCUUUUAUUGUCCAGUGUUUUAGCAUCUCCAAUGGAGAAUCCAGUCAAAAUUUAUGUUGUCCAUAAGCCUGUGGCAGUUCUUGUUGGUCCAUGUGUAUUUAUUGGCUCCUUGUAUCCAGAUGUUUCAUUAAUUCAAAUAAGAUUAGAGCAUGGUAUAUCUGGGCCAUUGCUCAAAACUGCUGUGAAGAUAUUCUCGUUCUUGGUCCUUCAUGGUAUUAACAUGAUUCAGGAUGACAGUAAUUUUGUUCUUUUAGAGAUCUUUGUCCCUAAAUACAGUGAGCUCAGUUGGUUUGAUACUCGAUGGACUUUUAACUCAAUCAUGCAGGAUAAGGAAGAGUUUCGUUCCUUAAUUCAAAUGGCAGCUACAAAUCAAAAGUUAAUUGCUGCUGAAUGCCUGUUUAGAUUGACACCUGGAAGAGAGUGCUUCAGAAGAGGGGAAAUACAGUUUAACCUGAAUUUUAUCAAAGUUCAAAGUGAAAGGACUACGACUGAGGCGUCCAUACCUUUUCGCAGUGCUUAUGAAGGGGUUUUUUCGAGUCAUUCAUCACUCAUUAGCUAUCUUGCUUGGUUUGAAAACGUACGAAGACCUGAACAUACACCCGAAUUUCAUGAAACUACAUCAAGGUCGACUAAAAAAAGUGGAAGCACAAAGCACAAACCAAGUCUGGGUGAUUCGGCGUCCAUGUACGUUCCGCCCUCUCGUAUUGAUUUGGAUUGCUUGUCCACUACGACUGACAGCACAGUGUAUCCUGAUGACGGUCCUUACGCUUGUGAAGUGCAAGACAACAUACGAGAUUUCCUACGCUUCAUGAUAUCAUCAUUGCCAAAGGAGACUGAUCUGUUUCCUAUGCUUCAUUAUGUGAUUUUAUCGCAGUUAGUGGACCAGGAAGGAAUACAAGACGGACUCCUUGAAGCUGCAAGAUUACUACGCAGUAAUCUUUACUUCAUUCACCUUUUAAUAAGUGAAAACUCUAUUUUACAAGAAUUGAUUACGUGGUUUUCUUCCAAUGAGAAUGACGAUUCAUUUAUCGUUCAGUCCUACUACCUUCAGUUUCGCCAAAGUGUCAAAAACCUGUUCUGCUACAACCUGAAAGAGCGUAGCAGUGCCUUUACAGUCGCUGGUAAAGUUUUGCUUGACAGACUAGAUGCCCUUGCUGUCUCCUCAAGUUCUCAUGCUUGUCAAUGCAAAGAGAUGAUUACGCUUCCACUCAACUCGUAUGUCCUUAAAGAAUUGCAGUCAAUAAAAAGAUACUGUACAACAUUGAUGCUUGGUCUCCUUGACGACGUACUCGCUUAUUGCCCGACUCUUAGGCAGCGUUUUCCUUCAAGCAAUUCUGGUGAUCAUAGUUCAACCGCUUUACACAAUUUUCAACAUGGUGUCGAAUUAUCGUCCACUUUGGGCCAGCGCAGUAUGUAUAUGAACAGAGAACAAGCCAAGAAAACGAUUUCUUCCCCAUCAUACAUCUCAGAUCAAGCGACUAUUCUUAAGUACUUCAUUGAUGCAAAGGUCGAUCAAACUUUCCAAGAAUUCUUGUGUCAUGUGUUAAAUAGAAGCUCACUUCCGCCCAACCCCUACCCAAGUCUCGUUACUCAUCUUUGUUCUGCUGCAAUAAGAAUGGAACUUUUUGGAGAGAAGCAAGAAAAAUUACUGUCUCGUCUUGUACCUGGAUCCUGCCAGAUCAUUGACACGCAGAACCAUAUCUACAGCUGUCCUGGAUCAGAUGCCUUCGGGGUUAAAAGUGCAGUUUCUUGUCUUGACAUAAAAUGUUACAACGCGUUGCUUCGAAAGCUCAGCUGUAUACGCAAUACUGUCAGUACGCGAGUCACAGAUGCAGGAAUUAAGGCUACAAUAGGACUUGCACUCACUGGGUUUACCCCUUUUUAUGGUCGCAUGAUGCCAUACAUACAUCAUAUAGAACUGGAAGAGCAUUACUUCUUGCAAGGACCAAUCAACGCUAAAAUGGACGUGAUCAAUUAUUUCUCACGACUUGUCUAUGAUCAUCUUGUUGGAAUUGCAGAAGAAUCAUCCAUACUCUUUGUUGGUCUUUUCUUCGGGCAUUUCGACGGUGACGUACGACGUAGUUUGAUUGAUAUUGUCCCCCCUGACAAAAAAAUAUCGUGUUUGUCUCAGCUUGUGACAAAUAUAAAAAACGAGAAACCAGUAUACAUGAAGGCAUAUAUUCUAAUGGACUGGCGAUUAGUUCUUGUGAAAAAGUCAUUUUUGCUUCACUACAUACAAGGACAGUUUCAAGGAUAUCAACGUUUCUUCAAACCACGUGUGUUGUCUUAUUAUCAAAACGUCUUUUCGUGUCAAUCUGCGGCUUCAUUAUUUGCAAGAGCUUGUGGCCCACAGGACAAAAGUGAUCCCUUGCAAGGGGAAAGUCUGAGAACGAGUCUGAUUCAUGUCAAUCAUUACAUAGAGAGGGCCAAGUGUCAUGGAGAUUUCUUGAAUGCAUAUCGAUGGAUGCUGAUGAAAUCUCUAAUGUGUCAGUCUACUGUCCACGUGGCACAGGCAUGGUACAUGUCUCACAGUGCGGCUGCUCAGCUUGAGUAUUUGAUGAUUUUGAACGAUAGUCUUCAAACCCUUGUUUAUGAAGAGCUCAGUAGGACAUUUGCUCCAUUCAAAGACGAAAAAAAACAAACUGAUUCCUUGCUAGAUAUGAAUGUUCUUGGUGAUAUGAUGCAGGCAUUUUGUCAGAAACUGGACGAAGUGCUACAGCGGGGUACAUGUAUGACACCCAGUGGACUGCUAAACAUCUUGCACGAAAAAUUCUGCCUUGCUACGGAAAAAGGAAAUCGGUCAAACUCUUUACAACUGAAGAUAACUGAGCAGACUCCAAUGGUACUACAAAGCAUCAACGAAUUUCUGCAGCCUCUCUUGCAUUCUUCAGCAAAUGACAUACACCAAGUGUGUCGGCAUACCGAUGUUAUGGAGGAAAAUUGAACUGAUAUAUCACAUAUCAGGUUUUAGAUUAGCCCAAUAUAUCCGUGUCCCUAAUGGUCCUACUGAUGUUAAGAUGACCAACUUUUUUUGUCCAAUAAAAAUUGACUCCUACUCUUGAUGCAUAAGUCAAUAGUUCUGUUAGAGACACUUUUAGAUUAUUUGAGCAAGGCUAGAUAUAUAUAUUAGGUACAACCUCCUUAACCGCUAACUUCUGAUCGUUCUCUGGGAAACUCUUACUCUUAAAACUUCAUACCAUAGCAAAUAAAAAUGUGAUAUAAUAUGUACGUUUUUACUAUUAUAACAAAUAAAAAAGACUUGUUCAUUCAAA